AUGGUGCGGGUGAAGGCGAAGGCGCGGAAGGGCGAUGACGCCUUCCAGACGCGCAGGCAGAAGGUGGGACGGAAGAAACUUGCGCCCGCCACGGCGACCCGCGCGGAGGUGCACGCGCGGACGCUGCGGGUUACGACGCCGGCGGCAAUUUCUCGCACUACCCUCGAGGAGGGGGUCCGCGGGCGACAGCGCCACGACGAGCAGCAGCCGCAGCCGGUUGCGGUGUCUGCGGAGAAGCUGCACCGCGACUUCAAGGAGCAGCUCUCAAACACGCGGCAUUACAAGAAGUCGUUUCGAGGCGCCGGCUUCAUGUCACUCGUCAGGGCCAUUACGGCGAACUACGAGGCGCUGCGCGCCGCCGCCGCCGCCCGGGCCUCAUCUGCUGCCGCGGCUGACCGCUGCGCUGGGGCGCUGUUGAGUCCAAUUGAGGUUUUGUCCGCCUUCACGAGUGCUCUGGACGCGAUGUCCGACACGGACGGCGACGUUCGCCGUGCCGCGCUUGCCACGUUGAAGGCCAUCCUCCUCCCCCCGUCGCCGGGUGGCCAUGGGGCGGAGGAAGACGACGACGACGGCGCCACGCCGUGGCGGCGCAGCACCCCGGCCAGCGACGGGGCGGCGUGUGACGCGGACCGGACCCGGGCGGUGCUGCGCGUGGUGGAUGUGACUUUGACGCACGCCAUGACCUCCGUGCGGCGCUCCGGCGUGGAGCUGCUGCACCUCGUCCUGCAGGCCGCCCCGCACGACGUUCGUGUCGUCCUGCGUGAGUCCGAUGCGUGGGUAAAGAUGGUGGGUCGCGUCUCAGCAGUUCUCCUGCACGGCACCAGUGGCUCGAGCGCCGGCGCGAACACGACGCGGUUGAUUCACGUAGUGCCAGACAUGCUCGAAACGAUGCUGCAGCAAUGGGAGGGUGGUGGCGAGGGCCUUGACGUGGGUUUGUGUGGGACCCAGCAGGCGGAGCAGGGGGAGGAGGCAACAGGCGCCGCCCCGCAGCGCAUCCUUGAGCUCUUUGAGGAGUGCACCCCGAAGUGGGGCAUGGAGUGGAAGGAGUUGAUGGAGAUGCGGGCCGCCAUCUUCCGUGACGCCGAGCGUGUGCAGCGGGCCACCGCGAUUGCCCGCGCCUUUGCCUGCCUCGCCAUGUACCUGCGUUCGCAGUCGCUGCUGCGGAAGCCGCACACGCAACUCCUCCGUCACCUUUUCACCGUCAAGAUGCCCUUCACGAUGCAAGAGCUGACGCUUGCGGCGGCUGCGGCCGAGCACGGUGGGGGUCACGGCCGCGGCAGGGCACGCAUGGCGCUGGCCAACGCCAUCGCUGACGCCUGCCUGCCCGUGGCGGAUGCCGCGAGCGAGGCGUGUCAGUUGCUGCGGGACUUUUUGUCCGCCGCCCUUCGCCCCGCAAAAGGUGUGCCGCCGUCGUCGUCGGGUCGCCACCCAUGCGGUGGGGGCGAGAACGGGACGGCGACGCAGCUGUUAGGUCCACUACGAACGCUUCGGACGGCAUUUGUGCGGUUUUCGGCGGGUCUGCUUCCGCGCCUCUUGUUCCUGGCGCCGCCGAUGAUGCAGGCCGCCAUACGGGCCGUCGGCGGCGCAGACGGUGGCCCGUGGGGAGAUGCUGCGCUGCUGACGGCUGACGUGCUUGCCGUGCUCCUCGCCUCGCAGGCCGCGGCGGCGGCGCGGCAGGGCUUGCGUUUUCUCGCCGAGGCGGUGCUGGCGGUGCCGCGGCUCCUCUUCGCCCUUCGCGGCAAGGCCGACACGGCGACGGUGGACCGCGUCGCCGCCGCCUUCCUGCGGCCGCUCUGGAGUCUGGCGAGCGGCGGGCACCCGCUGCUGCAGACCCGCACCGCCUCCGGCGGCGACGACGCGGCGGCGCAACUUCGUCUCUCGCUGCCGUCGCUCUUCGAGCUCCGCGUGCCCGACGCGGCGGCGCCCGGCGCGACCGUCGCGCUCGACGGUGUGCUGCCGCGCUGCACGGAGCCCACGCGGGAGUUGGGGGCCCACCUGCUGUUUUACCUCUGCGGCGGGGCGCCGUGUGCGGCGGCGGCGCCCCCGCUGGCACUCACGGCUCUCGCCUGCACCCUCCCCCGCUGCUAA